CGCGCGCUGCGCCUUAUGCGCCGUCUGCGCCAGCAGGGGGAAGCAGCGGGGCGUUGGAGGAUGAGGCGUGAGAGACUCGGAGGGAGGGGCAGGAGCGAGAGAGGGGGACGGGAGCGAGAGGGGGGGCGAAGGCGCAUCUAAUCAGAGUGGGUUUGGGGGUGAAGGUGAGGGGGACGUGGAUUGGUGGGGGCUGCAAAUUGGAAUGUGCACGCUGAGAGGGGAUGGGGCGACGACUGGGUGUGGGUUUGCGCUUGUCAGUGGAUGCAGCGGAGGGAAAGGGACGGCUGCGCGCGGAAAAGAAGGGCGAACAUGCCACUGAAUGUCUUGUGCUUGUGGUGUGUGAGUGCUUUAGGAUGGGAAAGGGGAAUUUGGGGGGGUCGAGGGGGGGGGGGCGUGGGAAGGGGGAGGUGGGCGGGGAGUCUGGGUGAAGUAUGCUGCUGUGUGUAUGAGGGAGGCUGGAAUGCAAGUCACCAUUGCCUAUCCAGGCAGCAGCAGGCAGUCUGUCAGAUUUAGGGCCAGGAAGUCCAGAGGUUAUCCCUCUGGUGUGAAUGUUUACUACAGUACCCUCAGAAUGCCGUGCACAUCCUUGCAAAACAAAGGCUGAGGGUGAAAGAUUUUGUGUUUUCUUACUUGCAUUAGUGUAUUUUGGCAUGUUUUAGGUUUCACCAAACCUGAACACAUAGCACAGU